CAGCCUGCGGAGCGGGAAGGGAGGGGAAGGGGCACGCACGGGCACGGGAACGCGUCCUCCUUCCUGACAGAACGUAAGUGUGCGGCUUUGGAACGCUCUUUUUUUUGGGAGAAAACAGCGAAGGUUGGUCACCUCCUCUGGAGAGAUUCAGAGCAAUGUCCUACGUUUUUGUAAAUGACUCCUCCCAGACAAACGUGCCACUGCUGCAGGCUUGUAUUGAUGGAGAUUUUAACUAUUCCAAACGACUGCUAGAGAGCGGUUUCGACCCAAAUAUUCGUGACAGCCGAGGCCGAACUGGCCUUCACCUCGCUGCAGCCAGAGGAAAUGUAGACAUCUGUCAGCUCUUGCACAAAUUUGGUGCUGACCUGCUAGCCACUGAUUACCAAGGUAACACAGCUCUUCACCUGUGUGGGCAUGUCGAUACCAUCCAGUUCCUAGUUUCUAAUGGACUUAAAAUUGAUAUUUGCAACCAUCAAGGUGCAACACCACUUGUUCUUGCCAAACGAAGGGGUGUGAAUAAAGAUGUGAUUAGACUGCUGGAAUCCCUAGAGGAGCAAGAGGUGAAAGGGUUUAACAGAGGAGCUCAUUCAAAGCUGGAAACCAUGCAGACCGCUGAAAGUGAAAGAAGCAUGGAGAGGCAUUACUCGAAGCACUCAGGGAACAGAGCAUCUCCUUAUGAAAGAAGUGCAAUGGAAAGCCAUUCCCUCCUUAAUCCAAACCUGCAGCAAGGUGAAGGAGUUUUUUCCAGUUUCCGCACAACGUGGCAAGAGUUUGUGGAAGACCUGGGCUUCUGGAGAGUGCUUCUCCUCAUCAUUGUCAUUGCUCUUCUGUCACUUGGAAUAGCCUACUAUGUUAGUGGGGUGCUUCCUUUUGUAGAGAACCAGCCUGAACUGGUGCACUGAAGCAAAGGCAGAAGAGUGCACUGUGCUUUUCCCUGUUCUGAUCUUAUUUUGAGCUUCUUGGAAUUAUUCUCCUGGUGCAGACAGUGGCAGCUGUAUAUACUGUUUGCCUUUUUUACAUAGUAUUAACCCCUUUGAAAUAGGGAUUAAUUAAUUUGAAAUAAAACACUAAAUUCUAAGGCAUUCCUAAGCUACCUCUGACUUACCUUGACUUGCAAGCAACAUUUGAAGAUUACCCUCUCUGAUAAAAUAUUAUGUUUAGAAAAGGCCUUUCAUAAUGAGUAUUAAAUUCCUGGGUAUCAAAAAUAUAUCCUAGUACAGAACAAAAUUUUUCUAUUUUCCCUAUGAAGAGAGGUAAAUGUAUUGUCAGAUCUUUUUUGUAUGUGCUUCAGUUGUAGCACAUGGAAAGAAGAUACUCUUCAGAGAAAUUUUUCAUAGAAGAAAAAUACUCUUUUAAAGGCUCUCCUCAAGAAAUCUCAGUAAUGUAAUAACACAUUCUGAUAUAUAGAUAAUAAUAAGCUGCGACUCCAUAGUUAUUUUAAUGCCUCUCCGUAGUUUUGUAUCUGCUAGUUUAUAAAAAGAAUGAGAAGUAGUUCAAGUUUUACUAUGUCUUUAAUGUAUAGGUCACUCCUUUAUUUAUUAGAUCAAUGUAGUGCAUCUUCCCCAGAUGAAUUUAAUGUUGUUAAUACCUGCCUGAAGUAAAUUUUGUAGAACAAAGAUGUUUGUUGUGCUUUGGAAGUAAAGUUGUUUCAACCUUGGGCUGAAAAUUUUGCGUUUUUGUUGAAAUGUUACUAAGCAAACCUUUCUUUGUAAGGGUGAUUAAAAAGUAAUUUGGGUGUUCUGCUGUGUAUAUAAUAAUUCUGUAAGGUCAUUGUGAAGUAUGUUGCGAAGGAUAACUUUUUCUUCCUCCCACAAGGACCAGGCUGAACUAUAUCACUUUGUUGUUUUUGUGUUUGUGGAGAGAACUUGAUUCAAUAGAAUUCCUUUCUGGAAUUGUUUUCCAUUUCAGUUGUUUUCAGACAGCACUUAGAGGCUUAUGAAUUAUUUUCUGAGUAUGCAGAAUAAAAGUAUUUAAAAUAUUAAUAUUUAAGAUCAUUGUAUGAAAUCAAAUCUUCACCCAUUCUGUACUUUGCUGUGAAAUCCUUUGUUGUAAAUAACCUAGGGAUAUGAAUCUUCUAUGAAGGGUAGAAAGGUAUUGCAUAGAAAUUUGGAGGUUUUCAAAGAAAGGAGAUUCUCUCCUCCCAUUAGACAUCUAAUUCUCUUUGUUGCCAUUGCCUUAAAAAUCCCAGACAAAAUGAAUUCUGUGAACCUAAGGAAUCAAUUUUUAUUUUUUUAAUUAGCCUCUCCUAAAUUGUUGUUGAAUAACAUGAGACAUUUAUUAUACAGUUAAUAAGUAUUGAUAGAACUAAUCUACAUCUUUCUGUUCUGGUACCAUCUAUAUUUUUCUUUUUUUUUAUUUGUUUGAGUUAAGAGGGUUGUUGUCUUUGUUUUGAUGUGUGACAUGGGUUUCACUGAGCUGGGCCCCAUUCUAAAUUGCAUCUGAAUGAAUCUUGAUCUCAAUUCUUAAUUUAGAGUUUAAUGUAACAAUACUUUUUAAUUUAAAACCAAAUGAGAGCAUACUCCUCUUCUGAAUAUUUCAGUUAUUGUACCACUGUUCCCCAACAGAUAAAUAUAACCUCAUUGUAUACCUGAAUUACAUUUACUUGUCUAAAUAACUACAUUUCUGUAAAUAAUACUCUUGUAUCUUGUUGACUUUCAGUAUGUAUUAUCUGCAUAAUUUGUAAUUGUAUUCUCAGUAUGAGUGAAUGCCACAAAUAAAUAUAUGUAGUAAA